AUGGAUGGCUCACCGGGAGGGCGCUCGGUGUCGAGUGUCGCUGGGGUGGUUUGGUGCUGGCUCCAGGACUUGGCUGCUGUGGGUGACGACUAUCCAGGAGGGGUCGGUGUUGACCCAGCUUCUGCCUGUGUUGGUGGCAGCAGUGCUGCUCCCAGCAUGGUGAUGUUGCUUAGUAGGAAUGAGGUGGAUCAGACAGUGAUCGGAGAGACCCAGAUCUGCACGGGGAACAGAGCAAUAGGCAUCCUUUAUUGUGGUGCAGCAGUGGUCAAGAAUGUUCAUGUCCCUGAUGGGACAUGUUGCGAAUCCAGUGUUCAGGGGUCCAGUAUUCCGGAAUGUGGAGUGGCACCUCUGAGCUCAAGAAUUGUGGGUGGUGUAACAGCAUCAGCUGGAUCAUGGCCCUGGCAGGUCAGCCUACAGAUUAUUUCCGGCAGUCAAACCUAUCACAUCUGUGGAGGGACUCUGAUCAGCAGCCAGUGGGUGCUCACUGCAGCUCACUGCCGUAAAACAUCAAACCCCAAUUCCUGGAUUGUUGUCAUGGGCCAAGUGAAUCUGGCUACCCCAAGUGUUCAUACGCAGAUCCACCCCAUCUCCAAGUUCAUUAUUCAUCCUUCAUACACCACAGUAAUCACUGGCAAUGACAUUGCCCUGAUUCAACUCAGGGGCCCAGUCAACUUCACCAAUUACGUCAGACCGAUCUGCCUGGCAAGUAACUCCAGCAGGUUCUACACCAAUACCACGUGCUGGUCCACAGGAUGGGGCCAAAUCAGCAAGCCACUGCCGUCACCUUUUCCACUGCAGGAGCUUCAGGUUCCUGUGAUUGGAAAUAAACAGUGCAACUGCAAUUUAAACACAUUCACACCUAUCAACCUCCCUGAAGACGUAAUAUGUGCAGGACAAACAAAGGGUGAAGGAGUAUGUAUGGGGGACUCGGGUGGCUCUCUGCAAUGUAAACAAGGCUCGGUGUGGAUCCAGGCAGGCAUCACCAGUUUUGUGGUACCUUGUGGUUUGGGUUUCCCUGAUGGCUAUGCCAGAAUAUCUCAUUUUCGGUCUUGGAUCACAGAUCAAAUCGGAGGAGCGAAUGUAACCUUCAAGACAUUCACUUCCAGUGGUACAGAUCCAGACAGCAGCUUUGUGUGUUCUACAGCAAGACCAACCACAAGGACUGUGGGAACCACAACAUCAGCAGCCACAACAGCACCUCCAAUAGGCCUGUUUGUCAUGAUCACAUCAGUGUUCCUGCCCUACAUUUAA